UUCAAACUUCAAAUAUAUUUCUUAUUUACAAACUCCGUGCGAACUAUGAAUCCCCCAGAGGUGGACAAGGAGGUGGCGGACAAGGUCCGCUUUCACUUAAGCAAGGAGGAGCUGGAGCGUCAGAUGCGCAACAUCCACGAUCGCGGGGAUCAGGGAGAUAGCAAGAGUCGGGCCUCAGGCAGCGGACACACAGGACGCAGUCACAGCUUGUCCUCAUUGCCGGAGAUGCCGCGCCAGGACUCGUGGGUAUUCGAAAGUGUGGGUGGCUUUUAUGUGCCAACCGAGGAUCUAUCCAAGAUGUCGCUGCAGAAGCAGGAGCAACUGCUCAUUAAGGAUCUGAUCUAUGCCUUUUCCGGAGUGCCAUCGACCCACAUUAAGCCCGACAUCAAGGUGGAUCAGAUAGCCGAGAUCAGUGCCAUGGACGUGUCGAAGGUGCGUUUCCGGCUGGACGAUGCCUUCAGUGGCGCCUUACGCGGCAUGGUCAAUGAGCUGCUGCCGCUGAUUGGCUACUACAUCAGUGUCCAGAGCUACAUCGAGGAGACCAACAUGACACCGAGCUGUGGCAGGACCCGUCUGGCCUUAGCCUCCGCUUUUAUGGAGUCGAUGCAGCUGUACUACGACCUGCUGGCCAAACUGGAGACGGACCUGCAGGAUAAGAAGUUGAACCUUAAGGAACUGGUGCGGCAGGCGCGUCCUUGGCUGGCCACCCUGAAGCUAUAUUCUGGAAUGGCUGAAGUUGCUCGCGGAGAAGUUAACAGCGCUCAGCUUCUAUCGCUUCUGGAUGACAGCUUCGGGAGCCAGAAAUUCACCGACCCCGAACUGAAGGUAAGGGUAUCCAAGACCCUGGGCGACGUUACACGGUCUUAUAUGAAAAUUGUGCAAUUGUGGACUCAGAAGGGCAUCAUCUACGAUACCCAGAACGAGUUCUUCGUGCACGAUAACGAAAGGCCGAACUCUAUGAGCAGCACUUUGCUGACCCCAGAGCAGUGUUGCUUCGAUUACUGGCACCACCGAUACCAGGUACUACCCGACAGGUUGCCAGACUUCCUGCUAAACCAAGGAGAACACAUAUUUCUGGCCGGGAAGUACCUGAAUAUCUUGCGGCAGUGUAAUGUUACCAUGAAACUAAUGCAGCAGCCACUGCUGUAUGUUCCCGGGGAAAGCAAACACAUGGAGAUUAUUAAGGACAGCUACGAGCUGCCGGCAAAGAAACUGCUUGAGAUCCUUAUGAAGGAGCACCAAUUGGCGUCGCAUCUGAAAAACUUAUGGGCGUAUUUCCUAAUGCAACGGGAGGGAUUCGCGGAUGCUUUGCUGAACCGUUGCCACAAGCAGCUGCAGAGGAAUGUGGAUAGACUGAUUCCCGAAAAAAUGCAAUCUUUGCUGUCCGAGGUUCUGCAACAAAGCACUGAUCCAUUCAAGGACAUGCUGCGCUGUCACCUUAAGGCCUGCGACGCGGCCACUCAAUUAUCAGAGCUGCACGAGUCGAAGGAUACUCAAGGGGAGGUCAUCGAAAAUCUGAACCUAUGUGGGUAUGAAUCUCUGGCUCUGCGCUAUGAAGCCAAGUGGCCUCUGAGCUUUGUCCUCCACUCCGAGCCACUGGAAGAGCUGCAGGUGAUACAGCGUGUCCUGCUCCUUCUGCGCUACGUCCGCCGCCAGCUGUCCGCAUUGUGGAAGGCUCCUGUCGAGGGAGUGGGUUUGAUGAAAACCGCCCAGUCUGAAUACCUGCGGGAGCGUAUGCAUAAGUGCAUGCUUAACUUGGAGAAUCACAUCGUCUUGUACAUUUCCGAGCCCCGUUGGAAGUCCUUCAUGGAGGUGGUGGACAAAGCCCAAACUAUUGACGAGCUCACGAAGAAGUUCCGCCUCACCUUGAACGAGAUCUUAAGGCUGGGACUUCUCUCAUCAACCACAACUUAUGUUAGCUCCCUGUUCACUUUGGGGCAAGUAUGCCUCAAUUACUGUGGCUUUGUUGAGUCCAUUCAGGGUGGCAGCGAUCCCGUGAAAUUCCAGAAGGGAGUCCGGGAGUAUGAGGACGAGUUUGGAAGCUUUGUGGCUAGCAUUCUGGAGCUCGUGGGAGAACUGGCUAAAAGCAGCGCAUCUGGCGGCAAGGUGGCGGAGCGGGACUCCUACAAGGAGCUACUUAAGCGUCUCGAUGAGUUCGGCAAGGCGCCGAAAUCUGCAUCUUAA